AUGUCAAGUGAAGGACUUAUAGAUUCAGCUAACUCAGAGCUUUUUAAUACUUAUGAAACAGACUAUCAAGUCUCAUAUAAUGAAGCAAAGCAAAAGUUGUCACAAAUCCGUGAUUUGGAUGGUGCAUUAGAAGUUCAAAACAUACAGUCAAGUGCCAGAUCUUCAUAUAAUAGUAAAAUCAGAUCAUAUCGUUCAGAUGUUGAACAAAUCAAAAAAGAAUUAAAGAGAUAUUUAGAUGAUGAAGAUCGUAGACAAUUAUUUGGUUCAAAGAAUAAUGGAAGAGAUCAACAACGUUCUCAAUUAUUACAAUCAAAUGCUGCUUUAGAAAGAACAUCUCAAAGAUUAAAAGAUUCUUCAAGAAUUGCAAAUGAAACUGAACAAAUUGGUUCAAAUAUAAUGUUGGAUUUACGUAGUCAAAGAGAACAAUUAACAAAUUCAAGAAAUACAUUAUUUGAAGCUGAUGGUUAUGUUGAUAAAAGUAUUCAAACUUUGAAAAGUAUGACUAGAAGAAUGGCAACAAAUAAAAUUAUAACUUAUUCAAUCAUUGCUGUUUUAAUCAUUUUGAUCUUUUUGGUUAUUGCUAGUAAAUUUUGGUGA